AUGUUAGGAGUCGAAGCAGAAAAAGAAAUAAUUAAAAUACCAUUAUCUGAUAGUACAAUUAGUCGUAGGAUUAUAAAUAUAUCAGAGGAUAUUGAGGAGCAGGUUAUUGAAGUUAUAAAAAGUGGAGAAUUAUUUGCCUUGCAAGUUGAUGAAUCAACAGACAUAAAAUUAUCUGGGACAACAACUGGUCGAGAUAUUUUUGAUGUCAUAAAUAAAUAUUUUAAAAAUUAUGGUAUAUCGUGGACUUCUUGUGUAAGUAUUUGUACAGAUAGGGCGCCAUCAAUGACAGGCUCUAUUAAAGAAUUUAUUACAAUUGCCAAAAAUCAAAAUCCAAAUAUAAACACAACACAUUGUUUUUUACACAGGGAGGCAUUAGUAGCAAAAAGUAUUGUUGAUGAAUUAAAGAUUGUACUUGAUGAAGUCUUAUGUGAAUCAAUGGAAUCUGACCACUAUACAUUGAUUAUUCAUACAGAAGUACGUUGGUUAUCAAAAGGGCGAGUUUUAUCACGUUUUUAUGAACUUAGAGAAGAACUUUUAGUAUAUUUUACAAUGGAACAAAUGGAAUAUUCCGAUUAUUUAUCCGAUGAAUUUUGGUGUUCAAAAUUAGCAUAUUUAGCUGAUAUUUUUGAACACCUGAAUCAAUUAAAUUUAAGCAUGCAAGGUGAAAAUCAAAAUUUAUUAAUAUCUACAGACAAAAUGACUGCAUUUAAAGGCAAAUUAUUGAUUUGGAAAAGAAGGGUAAAUGAUAAUAAUUUGGAUAUGUUUCCUUUAACUGCUAAUACUAAAUUUACUGAUAAAAUAAUACCAAUUAUCAAUGACUCAAAAACAUUAUUGGACCAAAGACUUGUUCAUUAUUUUUCAUCGCUGGAUUUGAAAUUAUUUGAUUGGGUGAGGAAUCCAUUUAAUCCUAGUUUAGAAACCACACAUCUUUCAUUAAAAGAGAAAGAAGAACUUGCAAAAUUAAAAAACGAUCGCACUCUUCAAAUGAAAUUUAAUGAGUUCGAGCUAAGCCAAUUUUGGAUAUACACAAAAAAAGAAUAUCCGAACUUAACAAAAUUGGCUCAUUCCGUAUUAUUAACAUUUUCGACAUCAUAUUUCUGCUUUGAAUGA